UUUUUUUAUUUUUUAAUAUUCAUAAUCAUAUUCAUGCAUGAACCAAGUACAUCUCUAGAGUUGCAGGAGUUGUAUUCGGAUGAAGAUCCGAUAACAAAUCGGGUCGGAUUUUCCCCCCGGUGUCUGGCGUUAUCGGGUUUCAAUUCCAUUCCAUUCCAUCCGUUUGGUUACUCGAGUCGAAUGUCUUCGUCUCGCUUCCUCCAUCUCUCACGCCGCGCGCUCCACAUCGUCAAGCCUUCAUUCGAAGCCCACGAGAUCGAUCUCAUACGAUGCCUCUCCCUCCACGACCUGCGCACCGCUCGCCGUCUCCUUGCCGACGACAUUCCCCGCCAAACUUCUCUCCUCUCCCGCCUCGCCCGCUUCGGCUUAAUCGAGGAGGCACGCCUCCUCUUCGAUCUCAUGCCCCGCCGCUCUCUCAUCACCUGGAAUGCCAUGCUCUCCGCCUAUUCCCGCAUCCCCUCUCUCCUCCCCUCCGCCCGCCAGCUCUUCCAUCAGAUGCCGCACCGCAACGUAAUCUCCUUUACCGCUUUCCUUUCCGCCCUCUCCCACUCCGGCCUUAUUACCGAAGCCCUCGAGCUCUUCCACUCUAUGCCGGAUCGUAACAUCAUCACGUACAACGCCAUGGUCUCCGCCUUAGUUCGUAGCGGCAAACUCGAAGACGCACGCAAGCUGUUCGACGAUAUGCCUGAGAGGAACUCAGCCUCAUGGAACGCGCUCAUAUCCGGGUACGCCGAGCGCGGGCGCAUGGCCGACGCGCGGCACCUUUUCGACCAGAUGCCCGAUCAUCAUCGCAACGUGGUCUCUUGGACGGCCCUCAUCGCUGGAUAUUGCCGCGCUGGCGACGUCUAUGAGGCGUACGAUCUCUUCUCCAUCAUGACCCCGAUUCGCAACGUUGUCACUUGGACGGCUAUGAUUGGAGGUCUCGUUUGGAACGGGUUCUACGAAGAUGCGCUACUCCUUUUCAAGAAGAUGAUGAAUCGGACGGCUGACGUUAAGCCAAACAAGGAAACCAUACUUUCACUCAUCUACGCCUGCCCCGGGAUCGGGUUUCCUCGUCUGGCCGCACAAAUCCACGGAUAUCUGACCGUCCAUUACAUGGACGGUGAUGAUCGUGAUGGGAGGCUAUCCAAGGGUCUGAUUCACAUGUACUCACGAUACAGGCUCAUGCGCUCAGCCCGUUGGAUAUUUAACACGAAAAGGACCACAUGCGACGCGGUGUGCUGUCAGUCGUUGAUCGAGGGCUAUAUAGGAAUCGGACGGCUAGAUGAAGCCCGGCGGUUGUUCGACGAGAUCACCUGCAAUCUCGACGCAAUCUCGUGGGUCACCAUGAUCAUCACGUGGACCACCAUGAUCACCGCUUAUUUCAACGGCGGAGAUGUUUCCGAAGCUCGCCAGCUGUUCGAUCGGAUGCCAGAACGUGACGCAGCGGCAUGGGCGGCCAUGAUCUCAGGGAUGGUUCACAACGAGAUGACUCCAGAAGCGUUCGAUGUUUUCCUCGAGAUGCGUGCCGAAGGAUUCGCGGUGAUGGACCAUGCGUUCGCUUCACUCUUAGGAACCGUCGGAUCGAUUUCUUGCCUCGAGAUCGGCGAACAGCUGCACGCGCUGAUGAUUAAGACCAGGCCGGUGACGGACACGAUCCUUUGCAACGCGCUCGUGGCGAUGUACGCCAAGUGCGGUGACGUGGCGGGUGCAAGGGACGUGUUUAAUAGCAUGGUAUCACGUGAUGUGAUAUCAUGGAAUUCGAUGAUUAUGGGCUUGGCCCAUCAUGGGGAGGCCCAUGAGGCGUUGAUGAUGUUCGAUGAGAUGGUGACACGUGGAGGGGUGGGGCCGGACGGCGUCACGUUUCUGGGUGUGUUAACGGCGUGCGGGCAUGGCGGUUUGGUGGAACGGGGUUUGGAGGUGUUCAGUUCGAUGGGUUCGGUUGAACCGGAGAUGGGGCACUAUGCUAGCGUUGUUGAUAUGUUGGGCCGGGCCGGGAGGUUUGAGGAGGCGGCCCGGUUCGUGAAAGAGAUGCCGGUUGAGCCGGGGUUGGCGGUGUGGGGGGCAUUGCUUGGCACGUGCGGGAUGGGGUCGGAUUUGGGCUCUGCCGGCGUGAGGAAGCGGGUUGGGGAAUGGGCCGCCGAGAAGGUUUUAGAAUUGGACCCGAUGAAUGGGGCGGCCCAUGUGGCUUUGUGCCACGUGUACUAUAAUGAGAAGAUGGGACACGUGGCGGAAGGAGAGGUGAGGGAAGUCAUGGCUAGAAAAGGUUUGAACAAAGUGGCUGGCCGUAGCUGGAUUGUGCUCUAGAGACUAGAGUCCAUAACUUGACGAGGGGGGUUUACAUAAAAAUACACCC